CUUAACUUCAUGACAACGUGACUGGCAGUUUCUGGAGUCACUCGCUGAGGCUGUCUGCCCAACUGCCAUGAUGAUCCUGACGCUGUUACUUGGUCUCGGGGGACCCCUAGUUUGGGGUCUGCCUGGGGUCUGGACUCAGGUCUCAGAUACCUGGUUCUCUGAUCCACAUGACUCUAGACAGGCUGGGGCCAGGAGGGCAGAGACUGAGGACAUCAACAACGACCCCUUUCGACGUAACUGGUGCCCCUACCAGAAGUCCAGGCUGGUCACCUUCAUAGCUGCUUGCAAAACACAGAAAUUCCUCAUCAACUCACAGCAGCCGUGUCCACCGGGGGCGCCGGACUGCCAGAAAGUCAAAGUCAUGUACCGCAUGGCCCACAAGCCAGUGUACCAGAUCAAGCAGAAGGUGCUGGCCUCUGUGGCCUGGAGGUGCUGCCCAGGCUUUGCAGGCCCUGACUGCCAGCAUCACGAUCCCAUGGCAAUCCCUGAGCCUCCAGAUCCAGGUGAUGGCCAUCAGGAGCCUUGGGAUAGGCCAGUCAGCCUUGAACCUGGCCAGCUAGCCACAGGGAUCAGCAGCAGCGCUUUGGGAGACCUUCAAAAUGAUGUUCACCAAGUGGCAGAUAACCCCGCAGGCCUGUGGGAGGCCCUACCAAGCAAUCUCACAGCUACAACGGCUGAGGCCAACCAGACUGAGGCCAAUUGGACGGAGUCUGGGCUUCCUGGCAGAUCCUCGGAAGUGCUGCUGCUCCACAUGGAUGCCUUCCUACAAGGCCACUUCAACCCCAUUUGGAGGAGCUUCAAUCAAAGCCUGCACACUCUCUCCCAGGCCAUACGAAACCUCUCUCUUGAUAUGGAGGCCAACCAACAGGCCCUCAAGAGGGUCCAAGAGAGUGCUGUGGUCAGGUCUGACUUCCAGGAGCUCGGUGCCAAAUUUGAGUCCAAGGUCCAGGAGAACGUCCAGAAAGUGAGCCAGAUGCAGGAGGACAUGGAGGACCGCCUGCAUGCCCAGCAGCUUUCUCUGCAGCUCUCCCUCUCUGAGGUCCAGGCCAAUGUGGACACGAAGUUGAAGAAGCUCCUUAAGGCCCAGGAAUCCCUGGGGGUCAAUGGCAGCUUGCUGGUGGCUUCCGCAGGAGCAGCAGCCAGGCCAGAGCCAGAAAGCUUGCAGGCCAGACUGGGUCAGCUGCAGAGGAAUCUCUCGGCUCUGCAUGUGGCCACUGGCCACAGGGAAGAGGAGUUACAGAGCACCCUGGCAGACAUGAGGGAGACUCUGGCCCAGCAUGGGGGUGAGAUCAAGGAGCUGUAUUCCGAAUCUGAUGAGACCUUUGAUCAGAUCACCAAGGUGGAGCAUUUGGUGAAGGAGCUGCAGGUGAAUCACACUGCGCUGAGAGAGCUGCGGGUGAUCCUGAUGGAGAAGUCACUCAUCAUGGAGGAGAAUAAGGAAGAGAUGGAGCGGCAGCUCCUGGAGCUUAACCUCACCCUCCAGCACCUGCAGGGCGGCCACGCCGACCUCAUCAAAUAUGUCAAAGACUGCAACUGCCAGAAGCUCUACUUCGAUCUGGAUGUCAUCAGGGAGGGCCAGAGAGACCACACGCGGGCCCUGGAGGAGACCCAGGUGAGUCUGGACGAACGGCGCCAGCAGGACGGCUCUUCCCUGCAGGCCCUGAGCAGCGCCGUGGACGCUCUGUCGCUGGCCGUGGAGUCGCAAAAGGCAGAAGGUGAGCGGGCCCGGGAUGACUCGUCGCGGCUCCGGAGCCAGCUGCGGGCCCUGGGCAGCGAGGUCAACACGCUGAAGGCCGCUGAAGCCAAGUUCCGCGGCGAGAUCCAACAGCUCCACAGCUCCUUUGCCGCCCUGCUGGAGGACGCGCUGCGGCACGAGGCCGUGCUGACCGCCCUCUUUGGGGAGGAGGUGAUGGAGAAGAUGUCAGAGGAGGAGACCCCCCCUUUGCCCCUGCGCUAUGAGCAGAUCCGCGUGGCUCUGCAGGACGCUGCCAGCGGGCUGCAGGAGCAGGCGCAGGGCUGGGAUGCCCUGGCCACCCGGGUGACGACCCUGGAGCAGGCCAUGGUGGAUAGCGGGCAGGGCAGGGCGGGAGGCCAAGUGCAGUCCCCAUUGCAGGCAGAGCACCUGGAGCCCAGCCACGAUGCCUCGGGAGAGGAGGCCGGUGGAAUGGACCUGGCCUGGCUGGCGCAGGAGCUCCAGCGCCUGAGCUCAGACGUCAAGCAAGUAGGGCAGUGCUGUGAGGUCUCCUGGGCCACUUCUCUCAACAGCUCCCUCGAGGGCCUCCGUGGAGCUCUGGCCAUCACUGAGCUCGACUUAGAGCACCACCAGAAGCUUUUCCACAGCCUCUUUGGGAACUUCCAAGGGCUUUUGGCAGCAAAUGUCAGCCUGGAUCUGGGAAAGCUGCAGGCCAUGCUGAACAGGAAAGGAAAGAAGAAGCAGAAAGAUCUGGAAGCUCCCAGGAGGAGGGACAGGAAGCAAGUGGAGACUUUGGCAGAUGCACAUGUUGGCCAGCCAGUCAUGGGUGCCCUGGGAGCUGAGCCCAGGGAGGCAGGCACCCCCGUGGUCUUCUAUGCCAGCUUUUCAGAAGGGACAACUGCCCCGCAGACGGUGAAGUUCAGCACUACUCACACCAACAUUGGCAGCAGCUACUUUCCCCAACAGGGGUACUUCCAAGCCCCUGAGCGUGGGGUCUACCUGUUUGCAGUAAGCAUUGAAUUUGGCCCAGGGCCGGGCACCGGGCAGUUGGUGCUUGGAGGUCACCACCGGACCUCAGUCUCUACCACCGAGGGGCAGAAGAGUGGAAGCACAGUGACCACCUUUGCCAUGGCUGAGCUGCAAAAGGGUGAGAGAGUGUGGUUUGAGUUAACCCAGGGAUCAGUAAUAAAGAGAAGCCCACCAGGCACUACAUUUGGGGGCCUCCUGAUAUUCAAGACCUGAACAUUGGACACAGCUCUGCCAUGACUUCGGGGACUCACCUAUCUUUCCUGGGCCUGGGGUUCUGGCCAGGCUUGGGCUGGGGUCCAUCCAGGGGUCUACCUCUUUCCUGGACUUCUGCAUGGACAGCGUGGCUGGCUUGGCCUUCCUCUAUUCGCACUGGGUUUGGAUAUUUCUUAAGAACCAGAGGACUAGAGGGCUCCUCCUGGGCAGGGUCUGCCUGGCACCCGUGAAGCUGGGCCCAUGUGCCUUUGAGACAGCAAGGCUGGCCUCCAGCCCUUUGGCACACCCUUUGUUCAGCUUUUUUGGUUUUGCUCCUCCUAUGGUUGGAAAAGUCCUUAGAACAUUUGAAACCGUUCUCCUUCCUGUUUCCUAAUCUUAUGAUACAAAGAAACUUCUUCCCAAGAAGCUAUAUAUAGAGGUGAGAUCUUGGACAAUAUGGACCCAGCCUCCAGCCACUGCAGAGCAGCAGAAGACCAACCUGUUAAGUGUCUUUCCCUCAAAAAUGGCAACAAAGGCAAAGAGAGCUAACCACAGGAAACAAAACUAGUAUCUUUUAUAACAUCAGUCCUUCCGUGAACUUAUUUAUCUGUGAUUUUAAUUUCACUUUGCUUUCUCCUUUCCUCAUGCAGGGUAAAAGCCCAGACAUGCCAGCCAUGAGCUAAAAUGUAUAUAGCCUUCACCUUCUUUACUUCCUCUAAUAGCUUACCACCACCCUCAAUGUUAGUAUCUCAACCAGGAGGGGAGCUGAAAGAGGAUAUAAAGGAAAACUGUCAGAAAAAUCUCCCUAAAUGAUGAAGAACAUUAGAAUAAAGUGAUGCCCUUCA